GUAAAUAUGAAAAAAUUUAACAACACAGUUAUCGAUUAACACAUGUGUUCAUCCUUAUAUUUGAUAAUAAUGGAAAAGGAAGAUCAUAAUAAAGUGUUGCGCACCUCGAAGGAGCAAAUAGAGUGCUAUCUAAAUUUUGUGCGGGUUCACCCGGAGAUAAAGUUGCACAAAAACGACCCAUCGCGGCCGAAAAGAAUGGAGGAGCUUUGGGCGGAACUCUCCGUGCAAUUAAAUGCCCUAAAAGGGCCCACUCGGAACCCCACAAAAUGGAGAGAGAAUCUGAGCCAUUGGAAAAACCAAAUAAGGUCACGCGCAAGGAAAGCCAAGGCGCACAAGCUGGUGACAGGUGGCGGUCCCAGCUUAACAAGUGAGCUCUCUGAAACAGAGCAGAGAGCGUUAGAAACGUUAGGGUCAAUUUCGGUUGAUGGGUUGGCAGAUGUACCAACCAUUGGCACAGAGGAAGAAGUAGUUUUCACAGCUGCACCGUCACCUCUAAAUACGACUUCGGAUGCAUCCAAUGAUUGCACUCCGUCAUCGUCCCGUAGUAAAAAAAUGACGACGGACGAAAUGUUCCGAAAUUAUUUGGAUUUAAUGGAAGGAAAAGCCGAGGAGGAGAGAGCUUUCCGUAUUCAAACCUUAGAUUCCAUUAAUAAACAAUCGGAAUCCAUUAAUAAUUUAGCGGCAGCGAUGGUAUUGCUUGCUCAGACCAUCGUAAAAAACACCGAAGAUUGUACAAAAAAGUAAAAAAUGUGCUUUUUUAUGUACAUAUUAAUUAUUUUGUUGUGAUGUUUUUUGUACAAAA